GGUGUUUGGUAAGGGGGAGUGAACGAUCGAGGGGAACAAUCUGCGCGAAUCUGGCCCUUUAAAUUGCACAUACACCGUAUUCGGAGCAGAAGAAUCGAACCCCUGAUCAGAACAAGUCACAUCACCACACAGCAUUCUCUCCUGGUUGCAGCUUCAUAACUGAUGGCAGAGAAUGUCGACAACUAAUAACAUCGCCCAGGCCAGGAAGCUGGUGGAGCAGCUGAGGAUCGAGGCAGGGAUCGAGCGCAUCAAGGUGUCGAAAGCUGCAGCCGACCUCAUGAGCUACUGUGAGCAGCACGCCCGCAACGACCCCCUGCUGGUGGGGGUGCCCACUUCGGAGAACCCCUUCAAAGACAAGAAGCCCUGCAUCAUCCUAUAGCCGCGCCCCGAUGCCACCCCUGCCUCUCCGACCUUACGGAUGCCCAGUUACAGUCAGUGGGCGCAAUUCAAACACUACUUUUUACUCAGAAAAAAACAACUCUGGAUAAAAAAAAAAACCUAAAAUGCCACACUUUCUUGAUAAAGGCGAAGGGGCAAUAUCCGUCUCAGCAUCAUGUAGCCCGGUGGUUGAGUGCGUCUCUGUGAAUGAAUGUAUGCAUACGCGCAGAACCCCUCUGGCUACUGUCCACAGUGCAUUCAUUCACACAGAUGUACUUAACAAGGGGAUGGCAGAUUUGAGAAUCUCACAAUUUUUAAAAUGCUAAACAUUGAGUAAAAAAAAAAAAAUAUAGCGACUGAGUGAUAUAAAGCAUGUUUUUCAGUCCAGAGUUGACCAUAUUACCAUGGGGUGAUGGACGGGUCUAGUGAUGAGGGUUGACGAUGUGGACUGUGCGUAGAGUUGGGAAGGUUGAGGGAGGUCGUCUUGUCAUGAGUUGACGGUAUAAGCUGACUGUCUAGCUGGCUAGUCCAGUCACACUGUGGUUAUGGUUCUUCAGUGUUAAUGAUUAGCUGUGUUAUUUUCUGAAAGUGGCUACCUGUAGAUUUGUAUGGCCAAAUAUGGAAGAAAAAUAUUGCAGACAUGCUUACCUUUAUUGCGACAGCACAUUUUAUGAUUUACAAAGGGAUUCAAGACUUUUGGCAGAGAUGCCAAUAUUUUUACAGUGUUCUAGGUCAAAUUAUCGCUUCAAAUUCUUUCAAAUUGGAUCCAUUGAACUAUAGACUUGAUAUUUGUUUUCAAUACAUUUUUGUUACUAACCUUGGAAAAACAUACUUACAUAUGAUAGCUUGAAAACACUAAAAAGAAACAAAUACCCCUGAUUUUAAUGUCCUAAUUUUCAAUAAUAUUAACAUAGUCUAUAUUAUGCCCACUAUUUUACUUGAAGCAUAAAGGUUUUCAGCUUAUGUAGAUGUGAAAACAGAAGGAUAGGCAAGGAAACCUCUAAUAGAUAAUUGAAGAAAAAAAAUAUAGCCGUUUGGUAAUUCUCAGUGCAUUUUAGGAAGAAACUGAAUUGUAUGUGCCACACGCCAACACAAGACUUGAGUCUUAGAAAAAAAGACUCAUCCAAGCAGAGAUUGCUGUUCGUCUCUGAAACCAAACUUGAUUGUAAAAUCCACGAAGAAAAAAAAAAGAAAGAAAACAAUGUAUAAACUUUCUUUCAAAGUGUUACCUUUGAGACUAGCUGUUUGGAUUUGUUUGGUGAAAUUUCUUCUUUAUAUGGACUAUAUGGAAACUGAGUCAUUGAGUAUGAUGCUGUACAGUGUUUGAUAACUAAAGCGCAUUCAUUUUCUGUGGAUGUUUUAUCUUUUGUAAUUUUUGUGUAAUAUUUCUGUUCUUCUCAUCAACCAUGUUUAACAGUUCUGUUUGUUAUUGGGAAGGGAAAAGAUCUGGAUGGGCUCUGUGUCAGAUUAGAUGGAUAAGUUCAUUAUACCUCCACACCCAACAGCAUAGCGAUCAGAGAACCCCCAGUCAAAGAAACCGGAAGCUCCACAUGCUCUAUUCCCUCACAAAACCGUAGCGAAUGGAUUGAGUGUGUUGGCAGUCCAGUACCUGUGUGAUAUGAGUGAACUGCCCUGUAUACAGUACAGGUCCAAUGUUCAUGAGUAUCUUCCCCAGUGCACUCUGACGCUAGGACAUGUGUUGUGGUCCCGUAGUCAGUGGUGUCAAGGGCAGCGUGUCAUGUUACAUAACAAGACACAAGCCUGGGUUUAUCACUCGAGUAGCACAUUCUGCCUCAGGAGGGAACAGCAAGGUCAAGGCACACUGUGUGUGUGUGUGUGUGUGUGUGUGUGUGUGUGUGACUGUGUAUGUGCGAGCGAUAGAGAGGGUCAGUGGGAGCAUUGUCUGCCUGUGGGCAGCCUGACCGACAGCACAGAAUCGACUAAAAACGGAGUCAGAUGACUUCAACGUUGCCCGUCAACACACUACCACAGAUCACGGUCUGGGCUAGCGCUCAAUAGCACUGUGUUGUCACCCGCUGGCCUUUGUGCUGAAAAUGGCAGCAUGACGGCCAUAAGUGAGGCUCUGACCUGUGGUCACUGCACGGAGAACAACAGUCGCGGGCCCCUAUAGAAAAUGAGUGCGAUCAGUUGCCCCCCCCCUCCCCCUUCUGCACUUGUGAGUCAGAGAUGGGGUGAAGUCACAAGACACCGCUGCUGAUGAGUCAGACAGCGCUAUGGUGUCUCAGUAUGGUGUCUGAUGUCUUGCUCGCCGGCCCUCGUCCACCACCUGAUAAUUGAAACGGUGACUUCAGCACAUGACAGGGCUAGUACAAGUCACCCGUAGCCCAGAUGUGCAAAGAAAGAGAUGAUGCACUCAAAAAAAAAAAAACACCACAGUCUCAGGACUGAUCUGCUCCUCUUUCAUUACUUAAAGCUGCAUAGAAAUGAAUGGAGCAGUUGCAUUAUUAUUAUCAUCAAGGUUCUCUCCCCAAAUGGAUGAGAACUUCAGGGCAAAGGGACAGAGAGGCGAGUCGGGCGACCCCGUGCCAGAGUAAGCAGUUGGACUGUAGCUUGAGCAGAAGCUGUACUGUGCCUUGUAGUGUUUGGAAUUAGAAGAGGGAAAGACGGGGGACAUGACGCUGUCGUUCUUAACCAGCUAAAAGGGAUAAGUUAGCUGGCAGAUAUCACCCCACACAGAAACAUUACUUAGCUGUGUCUCGGCCUGUCUCGAAAACCGAAUAAAAAUGAUCAUGUGCUGAAAGAACUUGACUCCAGUUAGUAAAAAAAGACUUCUUUUUCUCAAUCACAAUGGACGCGUAACGGCACAGUCGGGGAGUGUGAAACAAGCGCCAUUGCCUAACCGUAUUUAGCCAGGUUGGAUCUGCAGCAACCAAGUCAAACUGUUGACUCUCUGUACCAUUUCAGAUGGCUUGACACACUGGAGUAAACACUGUGAAAGGUACACGCGGAGCGUUUCAGAGCACAGUUUCCUAUCUCUUCACCAGCAAGGGAGCGUGAGUGAGGAGUCCACUGUGCCAAGUGUCUUUUUGUUUUCGUUUCUUUAAGUGCCAGAUUCAGCAUUGCCUAGACUCCUCCGUCGGGACUAGCCCAUGAACAGCCGAGAUGUCGCCCCCCUCCCCUCCCCCCUCCAACCAUCACCGUCGCACUUGUCAUCGGGGCUGGUUAGGUUGUGGCGUUUUUUCUGUGUCGUACCCCGAUGGUUGCACAGAGGAGAGUUGCCACACAAAGCAAGAACACUUAAAAAUAAAAAAAAGGUGCUGAGGUAGCCGUGACGCCGAAAACCUUCUUGUCUGCCAUUUUGAAAACAUGGAGUGCAUUGGCGAGAGCUCAGAGGAGGCUUUAUGUGGGUAAUAUCUGUAGCCAAGUUGUUAGCCAGUAGAAUCCAGUCCCCAGCCUGAGUCAUGAUUUUGUGUUAUUUCCUGUGUAUGCAUACGUAUCUUUCUUGCCUUGAUUAUGAAGAAAUAUAUCUAUUUUUUGUAAUUGUUCUUCUCUGAUGUGCCAUAACUCAUGUUUUCUUGCACACUGUUAAUAUUUUGUGGAUAUUGCUGUUUAAGAUGAUAUCAAAAAGUAGACAAAAGGAAUAAAGUUCAAAUGUAACUGCA